AGAAACCUCACUCUAUUCGUUGGUGGGCCUUGCUCUGAGGGACUUUGACUGGACGUGAAGAUGCGCCCACCCGCGGAGUCAUGCUCCGGGCCCAACAAUCAGAGUGGAUUCCCACGAGCAAACAGUUUCUUCGGGUGCAUCUUUCUCAAGCAGGGAGUUAUGUGCAUCUGUUACGCCCAGAUGAUGUCGGCAAUGCUCAUGUUUGUUCUUAUAGCACUUCUGGUGAUGGCAUUCAUUGACGAAGAACAGUUCUUGAAAGCGCAUUAUUAUACCGCGUCGAAGAGAUUGUUCAUGGCUUCUAUGAUGUAUGGAGCUCCGGCCUUGAUCCUGAUAGGAGCGUUCUACGGUGCCGAGUUCUUCUUUGCUCUGAAAUGUCUUACAAGCAUACACAAGUCGGAGCCUGAUGGGAUAAGAUAUUACUACUUGUAUCAGAUAUGGGCCCUGUCCUUCAGCCUGGCCGCUUUCUGCAUGACAACCCGCUGGUCGUUCGGUGACUGCAUGAACAUGAUCUUUGAUGUGGGGCUCUGGGGUUAUUUUAUCUGGUGCAUUUGGUCGCUGCACGAGGCGCUGAUGAUCGGAGGAGAGACUGCAGUCUUGGCAGGCUUCGGUCAAGCCGCUUCUCUCGAGCGGAGCGGGUUGUUGAACCAAGAACAGUCGGUGGACACGUCGAAUGUCCCGUCGACAAAUUACCUCCCAGGAAGGGAUGCAUCACAUUUCAUCGAGAAGCUCUGAGGACGGCAGUGUUACACUAGUACAGCAUACUGUAUUUCUUCAGCACGUCACAUCACUACACUUUCGUACCCACGCUAGUACGGAUCGGAGGUUUUGGCCUUGUGGAAAGAGUCAAUGGAGAGAUUUUGAAGGCGGAAGGUCACCGGCAGUUGUCCUCAUCAUCCUUGGGAGGCUUGGUCUCGUUUUGACGUCGCAGAACAUGUUCUGUGUGGUUGCGCAGCUGCGACAGGAUGAGGAAAGAGGAGGGCAGAGGGAAGUAGCUCACAAAUAAAAGUCGGAUGAAAUGC